AUGCCAACAAACUCCAUUAAAUUACUGGCACCAGACGUUCAUCGUGGUUUAGCUGAACUCGUCGCCAAAAGAUUGGGCCUACAAUUAACUAGCAGUAAGUUAAAGAGAGAUCCAACCGGCGAAGUCUCCUUUUCUAUUGGGGAAUCUGUUAGAGACCAAGAUAUCUUCAUCAUCACACAGAUCGGUUCUGGUGUCGUUAAUGAUCGUGUUCUAGAACUUUUGAUCAUGAUCAAUGCUUCCAAAACUGCAUCUGCAAGAAGAAUCACUGCCAUUAUUCCAAAUUUUCCAUAUGCAAGACAAGAUAGAAAGGAUAAAUCUCGUGCACCUAUUACCGCUAAGUUGAUGGCUGACAUGCUAACCACUGCUGGCUGUGAUCAUGUGAUCACUAUGGAUUUGCACGCUUCUCAAAUUCAAGGAUUUUUCGAUGUUCCCGUAGAUAAUCUAUAUGCAGAACCAAGUGUUGUUAGAUAUAUCAAGGAAAACGUCAACUAUAUGGAUUCUAUAAUAAUUUCGCCAGAUGCAGGUGGUGCUAAGCGUGCUGCCACUUUGGCUGAUCGUCUGGAUCUAAAUUUUGCAUUGAUCCAUAAAGAAAGAGCUCGUGCUAAUGAGGUUUCUCGUAUGGUCCUUGUUGGUGAUGUCACUGAUAAGAUCUGUAUCAUUGUUGAUGAUAUGGCCGACACGUGUGGUACUCUAGCCAAGGCUGCUGAAAUUCUUCUGGAAAACAGAGCCAAGUCUGUCAUUGCUAUUGUUACACACGGUGUUUUAUCCGGUAAAGCUAUUGAAAAUAUUAAUAAUUCUAGACUGGACAGAGUUGUUUGCACAAACACUGUUCCAUUUGAAGAAAAAAUCAAAAAAUGUCCAAAACUGGCUGUCAUCGAUAUUAGUAGUGUGCUGGCUGAGAGUAUUCGUCGUUUGCAUAAUGGUGAAAGUAUUUCUUACCUAUUUAAGAAUUAUCCACUAUGA